AUGCUUACAUCAAAUCAUACCAUUAGUCCAAUUGGAUACAACUUCAACAACAGUUCAAGAUCCCCAUCACAAAAUUCACAUGAGAAAUCGACCUCCAUUUCAUCAUCAAUGUCCUCAUCCACUUUAAAUCAGUCGAACGGAAUGACAACUCCGAAGCUACCCUCUAUUCACCAUCUCACAAAUGGCGUAGCAGCCUUUGAGAGAACCACGCCGCCCAAAAAAGAUCAAUUUCAUAUGCUGCAGCAACAAAAACUGCCCAUUCAUACUACUACAUUGUUACCAGCGCCAUUGGCUCCUUCACUGCAUCUGAAUUUUGAGCAAAAUCACAAUUCUACAGCUGCACAACCACAAUUUCCUUACGUUGUGUCUCAACUGAACCAAUUGCACCACCAACUUCGUCUGCCUGUCAAUAAGCAAUAUGUAUUUACCCAAAAUUCACCAACUUCGCCUAUUUCACCUAUACUUUUACCAUACUCGGCAGUCCAGAGAGGUGCACAUAGUUUUAGUCCUCCAAGCUACCCAGUUGCUUACACCAGUCCACAACCCCAAUUCAAUGCUUCAUAUCCCUCAAGCAAUUCACCGGUCCAGCUAUUACCAUUGUCAUUGCCACUUCAUCCUCAACAUAUAGUCACCACUCCCAAAGCUUCGCAACAGGCAUCUUAUCCAAGCGACUCAGUUGAUGCCAAUGUUGAGAUCAAAGGUACUUCAGCAAAGAUCACCAAGCCUGUAGGUAAACUGUUAAAAAGGAAAAGGAGGCCAAAGUCUGCAAAUAAUGGUUCGCACGAUCCCAAGCUGCAUUCCAAAAGCGGUUCUCUGAUCCACAAUAGAAAACCUCGGCAAACACUUGUCUUCAAUGAGGAUGCAAUUCACUAUCCAGUUCAUCGCGAUCUUUCGCAAUUGAUUAAUUCCAAUAAGAUCCCAUCAUCGGUUGUGCAACAGCUAAACACAACCAUUUAUCCUCAAAUUGAUACCAAAAAAUACUCAACUUCAGCUUUGGACCCUCAAAGAAACUUUCUUACUGUAUUUGAGUACAUGGUUAACGAUCACUGGAUAAUUUGGGACUACGAAACUGGCUUUGUUCAUUUGACCGGAAUUUGGAAGGCAUCAUUAAAUGUCGAAGGUUCAGCUCCACCAAGUGCUUCACACUUGAAGGCUGAUAUCGUCAAAUUACUCGAGUCGACACCAAAGCAAUACCAAGCCUACAUUAAACGCAUUAGAGGUGGAUUUUUAAAGAUUCAAGGUACUUGGUUACCUUACAAGUUGUGCAAAAUAUUGGCAAGAAGAUUUUGCUAUCAUAUCCGGUUUGCUUUGAUUCCAAUCUUUGGUGCUGAUUUCCCUGAGUCUUGUUUGCAUCCCCAUGAUUCUGGUUAUGGUGAGUUGAAAUUGGAUGACUUAAAGUACUUUGAGGAACAAGACUUGCCCGAACCUGUUAAUAAUUCAAAUGAAGAUCAUCAUCCUCAACUGCCACCACUGAUUUCGUCUGAAAUGCAACAACCAAGGGAGACGGAGACAAGUGCCAAAUCGCCUUCGUUAGUGGUGCAACAGCAAGUGCAACAGCAACAGUCACAGCUACCUUUUUCUGAUCGAUCUGUUGGCUUGGCGUCACCCGUCAGUAUAAGCAGUGGCUCGUCAAAGUUUGUGGACGUCGAACAACUUCCACCGGUAGGUACUUUUUCACCAGUGUCGUCUAGAAAACCAUUAACUGUUGGUCAAUACACUAAUCAAUGCUCUCCACAGCCAUACGAGGACCAAUACUUGCCCUUAUCAACGCCAAAUCUGCACCCCCAUCUUGCUCACGACAACCCCAACUCAACGAGUAGUGAAUCAUUGAAUUCAAUAUUUUCUCUGAAAUCUACUACCCAAGGUACUACUCACACCAAACCUCAAUCGCAAACGGACUUGCUUGAGAUUGUUAACGCUUCAAAGUGUCUUCAAUCUUUGAGUCAAGAGCGUCGUGGUUGUGGUGAUGGUAAUGCAAGAAAAUUCCCAGUGCCAGGUCAACAAUUGUAUAACCAUGCUUCAAGGAGCUCGGAAUCAAUUGAAGACGAAACUGAUAUUGAAGAUGAUGGUUCUAGCAACACGCGUUCAACUUUUAAAACUGGUCAAAAUGUGAUGGAGGAUGGGAUUUCCUCGAUUUUGAUAGCUGCUGAAAUAAACAAAUCCAAUGCAAACAAUUCCAAAUUUAGGCCAAGUAUGAGCAUCAAAGAUUUGACAACAUAA